UAAACCGAGCGCACCCAGUCGUGUGUUUUUGUUAUUGUUUUUCGACGGUGUAUCGUGUGUCUGGCCUGUCAAACCGUGUGACUUUUCCACUGAAACGACAAGACUGGAGUACCAGGGAUGCACAUGACUAAAAAGACAAGGAACACAAUGAAGCCACCAUCACAGACUCAGUCAACUCCUGUAUUUGAAGGUGUCUACAACAACGCCCGCAUGCUUCAUUUCCUAACUGCGGUCGUAGGUUCCACCUGUGAUGUGAGAGUGAAAAAUGGCACAGUGUAUGAAGGGAUCUUCAAGACUCUAAGCUCACAGUGCGAGCUGGCUGUGGAUGCUGUUCAUAAGAGGAGUGAGGGAGCCACCGGCGAUGGAGGUGGGGGGAGCGAGGGGGGAGGAGGAGGAGGAGGCCAGUCCACGCUCCCUAAGAUUGAGGAGAUCACAGACACCAUGAUCUUCAGCCCCACUGACCUGGUCACCAUGACGUGCCGUGAUGUGGACCUAAACUUUGCUAUCAAAGACACAUUCACCGACACAGCAAUUAGCUCGUCACGGGUGAACGGGGAUAUCAGAGAGAAGGUGCUGCAGAGGUGGGAUGGAGGAGAUAUCAACGGAGAAAACUACGACCUGGAGGCAGACACAUCAAAUGGCUGGGACGCCAACGAGAUGUUUAAGUUUAACGAGGAGGCAUACGGCGUCAAGUCCACCUACGACUCCAGCCUCUCCAUGUACACCGUGCCUUUAGAGAGAGGGAGCUCGGAGGUUUAUCGGCAGCGAGAGGCGAGAGCGGCCCGGUUAGCCAGCGAGAUCGAGAGCAGCCUGCAGUACCGCCGCCGGGUCUCGCUGGAGAACGAUGAGGGCCGGAGUGAAGAGGACAGAUACAGCGCCGUGGUCAGAGAGAGGGAGGAAAGGGGCAGUCCUGGUUUCAACUCUGGCGGCAGGGAAGGUAAAUACAUCCCCCUCCCCCAGAGGGCCCGGGACAUCAGCAUGUCUGCCAGCAGCGGCAGGGGUGGAGCCUCCGCUCGAUCGGGAGCGCCAAGCUCCUCCAGGCACUCGGCACCCAGCUCCUCCUCUCCCAGGCCGUCCUCUGACAGGAGCAGCCCGCUGUCUGUCAGAACGGCCUGCUCUCCUCACCAGUCCCAGAGCAGCCUGCCGGCAGCCAGCAGCCCUCCCUGCUCCAAUCACUCGCUUCCUCACUCCCUGUCGCACCCACAGGCUCUGGCCGACACCACGCGCUCGUCUGUCAACGGAGUUGCGUCUAGAACCUCCCCUAAAUCCCAGAGACCUCAGAGCAACAGAACGCUGCGCACCCCAAACUCCCAGUCAGCACCUGCAGCAUCCCGCUCUCCAAAACCAGAUGCCCCUCCCCCGGACCUCCCUUUGGUUGGCCCCACCUUCCUGGACUCCUCCCCCUCCACUGUUACCACAGCAACUACCAAACCCUCCGGCCCCACCCCACUUUUCCCUGUUGAUGUGAAUGAAAUCCUCAGCUCAGCAGCGAAGGAGCGAGCUGAGAGUCUGGCCAGUCCACAGGAGAACAAGAGCAGCAAAGCUCCGUCAGUCCAACAGAGAUCCCAGCUGGAGGAGCUCCGGAAAUUUGGCAAAGAGUUUCGGCUGCAGCCCAGCUCCUCCCCUUCAGCUGCCCCGUCCUCGUCAGAGCCCCCUCAGCCUGGCCCCAUCCAGGCCGCUGACUCCUCUCCUUCCUCCACUUCCUCGACUACCCCGCCCAAAUCUGCCAACUCCCCCUCCUCCCAAGACCUGCAGCAAACUCCUGAGGGAGCUACCUCCACCACCGCCCCUACUGCCACCACGCCGACCCCCACAGCACCUGCCAUCCCCCAGGCUGCAGGCCCCGAUGGGCAACUGACCGGCACGCCGCAGCCAGCUGGGACCCCUGGCAGCGAGGAGCCCCGGCCAGAGAGCAGUGAGCGAGCUGAGGCUACAUCUGCAGCUGCAGCGCACGUGAAAAACUCCACACUGAAUCCCAACGCAAAAGAAUUUCUUCCCAUCAAAGGACCCACGCCAUUGAAACCUGCGUCGACCCCCACCCCGCCUCGACCCACCCCGCCCAGCCCUUCGGUCGUGCUGCCCCCCCCGCCAGGCCAGCCUGGGGCAGGGGCCAUAUACAGCAGCCCCCCUGGACACUACCUGUCGUAUAUGUCCCCCAUCACCAUCCCGGGACACUCCAUUCAGGCUCCCCAGAUGUACCAGUACACCAUGUCGACAGUCAACCAGGGCAAAUACACCAGAGCUAAAGGCCCGGUGGUGGGACCGCGUCCAGAGCACCACGCCUCCCCAGCCUCUCCCAUGAUCCCAGCAGCCUCAGCCACAGGACCCCCGCUGGUGGCCUCACCCUACCCCCAGUCCUACCUACAGUAUGGCCAGGUCAUCCAGGCCAUGCCCCCACACUACCACGGACAGGCAGUGUACUCGAUGUUGCAGGGGGGAGCGAGGAUGCUGACAUCAGGGGCCCCGCAGCCCAUGGGUCCUCCUGGCCCCCAGUAUCCCGGCCAGGCUGAGGGCCCACCAGGACCACAACAGGCCCUGUAUGCCGCUCAGUCAUUUUCUCACCACUCGGGCUCCAUGCACCCUCCUCAGCCCUCCAGCACCCCCACUGGGAGUCAAGCCCCACCCCAGCACACAGCACCCAGUCCAGGACACAAUCAGCAGUCGAGCCAGGGCGGUCCUCAGCCCCAGUCCAUUUACCACUCUGGCGGCCUGUCGGCACCCACGCCGCCUAACCUGCCGCCCGGCCACAGCUCCCCGCAGGCCUCCUACCCCAUGCAGGGCUACAGCCUGCCCGCCCACCAGGCCAUGCCGCACGGCUUCCCAGCCAUCAGCCAGCUCACACAGGCCCAUGUUGCAGGGGGAAUGUCAGGACCUCACCACAACGCCAGCCACGGGCCACCACCCGUCAUGCUGCACUAUGCCCCCCCUCAGCAGGGCGCUGGCUCCACCCCCCAGCACGGCCCCCCUCCCCAGCAGGGCGCACCUCAGCACUACUACAUCGGGCCCCCCCAAGCUGUCCAGGUUCAGGCCCACCCCACCCAGCAGCUGUCCUUCCACACUCCUGGAAACUGAAGCGUCUCCAUCGCAGAGGAACGGAGAGGCGUUCACUGCCCCUCUGUGGAAGAGUUUCCAUCAACGGCAUUCCUGUGUGAUACCCAUAAACCCCCGAAACCCAACCCCAGCAAACAACUGUCACCCACACUCAC